GACCAAGGGUCCAGGGCGAGCAUCUACGGUAAAAAGGGCCAAGAAGCAAGCGAGUCGGCGUGGAACAAGCCAAUAUCUUGUUUCCUUUACCACCUCAGUUGCGUCUUGCAUCUCAUCUGGACAGAUUGAUCUAGUCAGGCCAGUCAGUCAGCAUGGCGCCCCAUACGGUCUUGGACCUCCUUGACGCCAUUUAUCCCAUCAGCCACUGGAUUGGCCACCGCACACCUACCAUCAUCGAUUCUCUUCAGCCAGGUGACGAAGGAUAUCGCCGCUUCGAUGCUCGCUUCCACUACGUGACCAGCUUGAGCUGGCUCGACUUCGCAUCCAAGAGCACUCCAGAUCGAGUAGCGCCAAAUGCAGCCGGUGCUAAUGCGAGCGCCAACGAAAAGGAAAAGGGUGGCGGGUUCUCGUCAUCCUCAUCUUCCCAAGAUGACAGCAGCAAAGUACCCUGGUAUCGCUCCCAGACGGCCAUGGCAGCCUGGACGCGUUUCAAACUUGUCGUCCAUUCUUCCAUUGGCUCAUUCGCCGUCCUAUGCUGGAUUGCCCUCAUCGCCCGCACGCCCUACUUUCGCGACCAUAAUACGCCCAUCGUCCUCGCCAGCUACGGCACCGAGGCAGUCCUCGUCUUCUGCCUCCCUCAUCUACCCUCUUCUCAGCCCGCCUCCAUCGUCAUUGGGAACACUGUCAGCGCUAUCGUGGCUACGGCCAUUGCCAAAGGGUUCGAGAAUCAUCAGCGCACAUUCACGAUUGGGGGAAUAGAUGGAGUCAACUGGGCUGCUCCCGCCGUAGCACAAAUGACGGCGCAAGCGGUCAUGCAGGUCGUAGGUAUCACGCACCCGCCAGGCGCUGCGAUCUCAGUAUUGGCCACGACGAACCCCAAAAUCCAGACUGGCGUGGCAUGGGAGCUUCCAGGGCAAGUUCUGCUCAUAUCCCUCCUCUUCGUCGCCUGGGGCCUCAUAGUCAAUAACGUUGGUGGGCGACGCUGGCCAAUGACCUGGUGGUGGGCUCCCUUCUAUCCCACACCUGCGCCGCCGGAUUCCAUCGCUGACAGGGUGAAGGGGAGGGGAAGGGAGUGGCGACACAAUAGGGCGAGGAGUGGCUCGCAGCAUCAGGCGCAGGGGUCGUCUAGCGGGUCAGCAGCGGAGCAGCAACAAGGUGUGACACACAGAACGCCACAGACAAGCCAGAGCAGUAAUUGAUGGUAGAGAUGGUGGUCUAGAUGUAUUAUAGAGUCGCUUCCCUUUUCGUUUCGUCUGAUAUUCGUGU